AAAUGUGCAAAUCCUGGUGCAGCUCAACGAGCACGGCGCCAGCGCUCAUCUAACAGAUCCAAGUUGCCACAAUGGACUCAUGACUUUGGCGGGCACACCUGGUGCCUAUAUACGCUAACAAGCCCAACAAUACUGUGCCGCAAAAGUGAAGGUGGGGAAACAGGGCAUGGUGCAUUCAGAAACACGACAUGGGUGGGAAUUUACAACAAUUGGAUGUAAGCAAUGUUCAACCUAAUGAACCACCCGGUUACAUUGUGUCUACUAACUAUGAAAGCUGUGUACUAGCACUGAUUUACAGAGCAAUAUUUCAACACCCCAAAAGCGCUGGAAAGGCAAACAGAGCACACACACACACACAACAUGUUAACCAUUAAUCCUGAGAUUUUAUAAAAACAGCAUCAAGUUUGACGGAGUAUUAGAGACAGCAUUACAGAACCAGGAUGAAUUUCACAUUGUGCUUGUUAGUGUGCUUCUGUGGUUUAACUUUGGGCCAGGAAGAUUUACCUAAAACAGAAGUCACUACUGAAACCGGGUCAUGCUUUCCUGAUAUGUGUAAGUUCCUCAAAGAGUUUGGAGCCGUGAAAGCUAAACUAGAAGCUGUGGAAACAAAUCUGAAAGAGACUGAGAGCCACGUUGUGGUGCUUAAACAGAAAGGUGUAGCCUUGGAAACAAGGCUGAAUGAGUCCGAAAGCCAGGUUCUGGUGCUUAAAGAGAAAGGUAGAACAUUGGAAGCAAAGCUGAAAGAGACUGAGAGCCAGGUUCUGGUGCUUAAGCAAAAAGAAGCACUCAAGGUGGUUUUCAGUGCUGGACUACCUGGGAAUUCAGCAAUUGGACCAUUUGACACACCAACAACCUUAAUCUACACAAGAGUCAUAACAAAUUUGGGCAAUGCCUACAACCAGCACACAGGCAUCUUUGUUGCACCUGUUAGAGGCAUGUACUACUUCUCUUUGUCUUAUCAUGCUGGUGGACACCAUCCAGUGCAUCUGUUCCUUAUGAAGAACAAUGUCAAUAUUCUGGAGUGCUAUGAUCACAUGACACUGAAUGAUGGGGCUGAUAAUGGAGGCAAUGCUGGCUUCGUGGAGCUGCAGCAGGGAGACCAGGUCUACGUCCAGCUGGUUGCAAACACACAUGUUUGGGGAGGCAGCUACACAACUACUUUUAGUGGCCAUCUUCUGCAUCAAGUCUGAAAAAGCAUUGAUGUGAUCAUUUGAAUGACUUAAAACUACUGACCAGACACUGACCGCGGUUAGUGUUUUUCAAUUUGAUUUGCUAAUCCGUUGCAGAUUAUAAUUAAACUGAAUUGAAAUGAUCCAUCCAGCAAAACUCGCUUCCACAUUACAUGAACGUCACUCUGAGACAUCAGUGACUUUGCAAAAAAGAGUUUUGCUCACAAAAAGCAUCAGUGGUAUAAAAAGUAGAAAAGAAAAUGCAUGUUCAUGCAACAAGUCAUUCAGAAAAACAUAAAAAUGUUUGAAUUGAUGCAUUUUCAGAUUUUUCAGAAUUUUACAUUUAUAAAUAUAAAUCUCUGAGGGGACAUUAUGAUUUCCAUGAUGUGUUUUAAUCUGUGUGUAAAUGAAUUUAAGCCUGUCAAUAAAGCUUGAAUUGAUCUGAACAGAAAUCACAAACAUAGUCAAUAAAAAAAAUUUACUUUUCA